AUGAUAAUUUUCCAGGUCGAGGCAUGCCUGUUCAAGGUUCACAAAUAUUUCUUGGUCCGUGAGUCGAAGGUAUUCGAAACGCUGUUUCAGCUCCCGCCCGGGGAUGACACGGCAGAAGGGCAGGAUGAUCAUCGUCCUGUCUAUCUGCCUGAAGUGACUGUGCGCGAAUUUGAGAGCCUGAUGCAUUUCUUGUACUAUGGCAUGUUCGAUAAUUGCGGCGUGACGUUGCCUCAAUGGAUCGACAUUCUGCGCGUCUCUAAGCUCUUCGUAUGCGACAAUCUGGUCGACCGCGCUAUCAAGGAAAUACACCAACACAGGCCCCGCAUCGACCCUGUCGAGAAGAUCGUGCUUGCGGUCAGACACAACAUUGCCGACUGGCUCGCGCCCUCCUACGCUGCCAUUUGCCAGCGCGCGCAACCACUCAACAGCGAAGAAGGGCACAAGCUGCGCCUCGAGACGACCGUUUUGCUUGCGCGCGCAAGGGAAGCCGUACGUCAGGAUCAUGUCUCUCGCACGGAGUCGAGACAGGCCCAGGGAGCUGGGGGGCGGGGCGGCGGACGUACGGGAACCUCGCGUACGACGACCUCCUCGGCGCUCCCUGAGCCUGAGCCCGAGCCUAGGCCAUCGUCUGCCUCCAGUUGGCAAGGAUGGGAAGGAUGGACCGUCCCUGACUCGGAAGACCCGUUCGAUCCUCAGCGCGUGGCUGAGAUAGUCGACGAGGUAUUCAAAGCUCUUGACGAAGAACGUGCAACUUAG